GGGUACCAACCAUCAAGUUCUUUACCACGUGCACUAGGGACGGCCGAUAAUAGAAAAAAUUGUUUGAGGACUAAAUAUCUGAAUUUUGCUUCUCGGUUUCAAAAGCAGAGCCCAUGCAAAAGUAAAACAAGUGCACCAACUCCACCGGACACGCAAGAAGUGUUAGCCGAACAGUUGCAUGGUUCUAAUUCUCGGCUCAGAUCGUUGCCCGAGCAUUUAAUUAGUUAAGCAUACGUGGAGUGUUAAGAGAAAUGUUAGAGAGAGAAAAAAAUGGAAGGAGCAAGAAGGAGAUCUCCUGCGCCAUUGUUGCCGAGGUUGGAUCGCCUCGAUGCCCUGAUGGAGUAUUUACAAGAAGCAAUGUCGUUGGCGCGCCCACGCCCGCGCCUGCGCCCUUCGCCAGGACCAGAUCAUGCGUCCCGCUGCAGAUGGCGGUGGAAGAAGCCCAUGAAAAGGGAUCCGUGUUGGAUCGUGUUGCGCGCCUCGAACAUCGAUUGGCUCAGCUAAGCUUAAAAAUGGAGGGGAGCAGCGUAUCGAGCUCUUCCACGGUGCAUUCGUCGGAAAAUCCGUCUCUAACAAUUAGGCGAAUUUCAAGCGGCAGGGAGCAGUUUUUCUCCUGUCAAAGCUUCAAUGAUCAAUUUCUCGAGUGCCAAGAUAAGAGCCAACAAACAGUGAAUACUAAUAACCACUCUUUACAGGGGGAAAUUAUUGGUGAUAAGCAAAUGCCAAAGGGGUCUUUCGAAGAGCAAGGACACUCACAUGUGACAGAAUAUCCAACUGAUACAAGGAAGAACAAGAAGAAAAAUAGGAAGAAGAAACCACACAAGAGUUGGCGCUGUAAGAGAUUACUUGGAUGCUAAUUGUACUCGAAAUAUUCUUUGUGUA